AUGACUUGUCUCUACAACUGCCAUGCAUGUGAGAUCGAUGGAAGCCAUACGCCAUGGAUGAGGAUUUGCUGUAUAUGUGUACAGCAAGGUUAUGGGUCAACUCAGGUCCUCGGAAAGACAAAGUCAAGGCAUCAACUGGAACCAGAAAUUUCCAUCGAACCAGCAACUUCCUUUAAGCUGGAUUAUCAUAAACACUUGUCUGGGAUCCAUGCCUCAAGGAGACGAUACACCUUCGAAGAAAAAGCCACUAUCUUGCGAGAACUAAGCUCAAAAUCUAAAGAAGUAAUUUGCAGCGAAUUGGGUAUACACAAAAGGAUCUUGAACAAAUGGAUAAGCGAACAAGGUAUCAUUGAAAAGAACGCGAACAACGAGGUGAUAAAAAAUUUGAAGAAGCAGAGAGUAAACCUGUUAGAUGAUGCUGUAUUCAGUUGGUACCUCCAGGUUCGAUCAAAAGGUAUCAAUGUCACUGGGUCUAUGAUUCGCAAAAAGGCGUUAAGCGUCAAUGCGGAAUUCGGUGGAAAUCCCACGUUUUCAGCUAGCGAGGGAUGGUUGACAAGAUGGAAAGAACGUCAUCAUAUUCGACAACUAAAUUUGGCUGCCACUAAAGUUGGAACAAAUUUUAUAGACGAUCCCAAAGAAGAAAAUAGUCGAGACGAUAAAGUUUAA